AUGACUGUUCAUCUCAGCUUUCUUCUCAUCCUCACUGGACUCACAGGAAUUUGUAGCAUGACUACAAUCAGUCAAGUAUCAGUGAAGGCUGGAGAUUCAGUCACUAUCCCAUGUCUCUAUGACUCACAAUACAUGAACAACGUGAAAUACUUGUGUGAAGGAUAUUAUUGGUCCUACUGCUCAUAUGCAGUUAGAACAAACCAGCCAAAUUCAGGAAGGUUUUCAAUCUCUGAUGAUAAAAGCAGAAGAAUCUUCACUGUAACUAUAAAAGAUCUGACAGAAAGGGACAAAUAUUACUGGUGUGCUGUGGAGAUUGAUGGAGGGUCAGAUGUUGGAGAGUAUUUUCAUCUGUCAGUCACAACAGGUACACCCAGUCUCUAUGUGAAUCGUCUGGGGAUUACAGGACUUAAUGGACAAAAAAUAACCAUCAAUUGUAACAGUAACAGUCACUCUGGAGAAAUAAAGUGGUGCAGGCUGGGCAGAUCCUGUGUAGCAGAUCAGUCUGGAUCAAUAGAUGGAACAAGUGUGACCAUCAGUAAAAGUGUCCCUAAUGUUUUCACUGUGACUAUGAGUGGACUGAGGACAGAGAGCAGCGGCUGGUAUUAUUGUGUCAAAGGAGACUUUCAGAUGCCGGUGCAUUUAACUGUUACUGAGCAACCUACCUUUAGUAAGUACUCAACAAGACAUUUAACCACAUUGUCACCCACUCCUGAACAUGUGAGUCACUCCUCUGUCUUUGCAAGCGACACACACACAGCUCAGGAUGGACACCAAAACCCUUUCAGUUUCUUGAAGAGCUUCAUCAUCCGCGUGAGCUUGUUGAUCUUUGUAAUGGUGACCUUGUUCAUCUGGUUUAUGUUCAAAAGAUACAAGCAGACCAAGGUAGAAUCAUUCAAUCAGGCACAACAAUGACUGAAGAGGAAGUAAAAUACAUUUAAAAAAACUUCAGGUUAGUGGUCGCAUGCAGAGAUUGAUGUGGAAGGAAUAUAAUAUUCUGUGGUAGGCGACAGACAAAGGGACACUUAUCACAUAUUGUAGUUCUAUAUUUUGUGCAGACCAUGUUGUUAGGCGUGUCACCAAGUCAAAAUGUGCCCCUUAAUUGAGUCACUUCCAAACUUGCAGUAUUUUUGCUUUGCAAUACAUAGUUUCUUUGUUCUUCCUUCCUCAUUUUUUUGUUUGUUGUCUAACAUGUUGAAAAGAUGUAGGUGUUAUGUACGCUUGCAUGUUGUCUCAGCACCAAGUUUGUUUGUUUAGUUUUUUCACCAUGCAUUUGUAGCUACCUCUUCAUAACUGCAAAACAUUACAAAGAAGCACUGACUUGGUUGUUUGACAAGGGCAAUAACAAGUCAAGCUUACACCCAAUAUAUGUAUAUUGGUUUCCUUGUUCUUAAUUCACAAUAAUAUAAUUCUGAUUUCUAUUUUCAGGAUGCUUAUAAACUCAGUAUACUAGGCACAGAUUAUAAUUAAUAUUUUUG